AUGGUCCGCUGUAUACGGCCACUCCUCAUUGCAGCAUCUCUGCUGUCAACAGCUAUUGCCAAAACUCUUUCUCUAGACCAGUCCAUCUCCGCACUCGGAACAGUCACCGAGAAUGACACUUCCAGUACAACAACCACCCACCAAAUCACCGUCGGCGGCACCAACGGCCUCGUCUACACACCAAACACCAUCUCCGCCUCAAUCGGCGACAUAAUCCAAUUUAACUUCAAGUCUGAAAACCACACCGCCACUCAGUCCUCCUUUGCGGCCCCUUGCGAAAAGCUAGCAGGCGGCGUGGAUUCGGGAUUUAUGCCUAACCUUGACAACACCCUAAAUCCGGCGCCCACAAUACGAUUCCAAGUCACAACCACUUCGCCCGUAUGGAUAUUUUGUGCUCAAACGGGGCAUUGCGGAAUGGGCAUGGUGUUUGCUAUUAAUCCGACCGCUGAGGAGUCAUUUGAGGCUUUUCGGGUUGCUGCUAUGGAACAGAAAGAUAUUGGUACUACCAGUAAUAGUACUAGUACAACGACUGUCUCUGCUAGCGCCAGUAAUGGCAGUAGUAGCGCUGUAGCUGUCGCUGCUCAGGGCACCAAUGAAGCAGCUGUUGUGUUGGGCACUGGUAUCCUCUCCAAGAGUAAAAGCGCUUGCUCGUGUGCGUGCCUCUGCGGAUCUGCGAAUUUCCCAGAUGGAGCUGGUGUUGGUGCUGUCGGAGGAGUGGGUGGUCAACUGCCGCUUUCCUAUGCUGCCGCUACGAAGCGAUCUUUCGGAGAUCAGACAGUAUAA